CGACUGCACACUACGUGAGCGCCAAAGCUGGGAGCCGCGGAGAACAAGGCUCGUCCACAGGGCCAGCCUCGACUGAUUUCUUUGCUCUACAAGCGUCCCGAGGGAACGAGGCAUGCAAAUAUUUCAUGCGGCUCACGGUUUUACUGUGGGACCUCUUCCUCUACGUGUCCGCCGCAUUCUUUUACUGUGAGCGGGUUCUCCGCGAUGAAGGGAUUAGCUCCUCUCGCCUGCGGCUGCUCGCAUUCGCCACACUCGUGUGCUCGCCGUCAAUUAUUUUCAUCGACCACGGACACUUCCAGUUUAAUACGAUUGCUCUGGGUCUCGUAUUGUGGGCGACCAACGCCUUGUACUACCGUAGGCGAUACGCAGCUUCGGCAUUGUACGUUGGCGCGCUGCUGUACAAGCAGACCACGCUGUACUACGCGCCAGCGUUUUUCCUUUUCCUCCUGGGAGAAGCCGUAUGGCCGGAAGAGUGCACCGAGAAGCAAUUUACAGCCAAGGAGCUGGUCUCGAUUUUGAAAGGAGAGUUAAGGCUCAAAAUAAUUCAUUUCUACAAGGCCCCUUAUCCUUAUUUCCGUUUUAGGAUUCUGACGAAUUGACGGGAAGAAGUGAAUUGUUUUGAACUCUACUAAGAGAGCAGACGAGCGCGGCUACUAGUCCGGUCGUGGUUGGAAGAACUAAAACUUCAACACGUACACCUUCUAAAAAGAUGACUCCCACAUUGACAUCAGAGAAAAAUGCAUCUUCUUCAGUUAAUGAACCGCAGGUGGAUGCAGGACGUGAAACUGUUGCAGGAGGAGCACCAAUGGAGCACGACUUCUCCAAUCAAAACAAUGCAAAUAACGAUACGAUGAAUGCGAAUGACGAAGUAGAUGACAGCUCUAUGAUGCCAAACUACAAAAAGACGUCAGGAGCAGGACAGACUUCAGGAGGUUUUACGCCUAGGGGGCCAACAACAAUUUCAGGAGGAGCUUUUCUCGGUGCUAAUUCUCCUACUCGUGCGCAGCAGCUCUCGAUCCCGUUUCCAUCGAACUUGAAGAUGUUAGCAAGGAAGAUGGAAAGCGACUCUAGUUCCAAGACACCUCGGGGAACGACUACCACUAACAAGACACCGCGUCGAAGUCAACCAAGCGUUUCUCCGAAACGAGGACAAUCAUCCUCAAGCGCAGGACUCGACAAUACAACGCCACGGCAAUCUAGGGAAGCGUUCCUCAGUAGAUCUACUUUUCACGAACAAGAAAAUAGAGAAAGAAGUAAGCAAACGACAACGACAACGUCGUCGAGCCGUCACGGAACCCCGCAACACCCCAAUGGUGGAUUAUCUGGUGGACGAGCUUCCUCGAGUUGUACUCCCAGUGCUGAGAAAGAACAACUAGAUGUACCAGAGGUUAAUAUUGUAAAUGAAAAUACGAGGGGGGAUAAGAACAAUAAGGGAAAGGCUACGAAGCAAAAAAGAGAAGUCGAAGCAAAAAAGAGUAGUCCUCCUUCUCUGCGUCCAGAUCGUCCUCCUUCUGCACCAAGAGUAAGGCUUACUGUAAUUCAGCUGGAGAAGCAUUUUUGGCUCCUUUUCUAAGGGGAAAAAGCGCCGAAGAUGCUUUUCAGGGUGAAUUAUUGUGAGCUCUAACAAGAUUAGCAAAAGCAAGAGACUUCUCAGCGGUCAAAGUGUCGCAGUGGGGAGCUUCGUCACUAAAGAUGACGAGUAAACAACCUCCUCAAACACAUGAAGAUGUUGUGGCUCAUAGUUCUACGACUUUCAUGCUACUAGACGUACUAGUCCCUGCUCGUCCUGUCCAUAGUCGUCUUCUUGGCGAACACAACAAAAGCGCGCAAGGGAAGACGCAAGGAGGACGGGCGAUGAACUCGUUCAAGAAGUUUUUUCUUCGCGUAGCUUUGCUAGGGGUUGUUGUUAUUGUGACCUUCGCGGCGAUCAUGUUUCCCUUUCGUCGACAGCUUUUGCAGGUGAAGAGCCGCGUUUUUCCCUUUGGCCGUGGUCUCUUCGAGGACUUCGUCUCGAAUUUCUGGGUUCUCGUGUCUCCAGUGCUCAAGCUUCGAGACGUGACGCGAGACGAGAGCUCUAUUUACGCUUCCUCUUCCUCAUCUUCAAACGAGGCUGGUGCUGGCAGCUUGCUGGGCGAAAUGUUCACUCCCUCUGCGGAGACGGCGGCGCGGGAGCUGCAACGGCAAGCGCAGUUGCGCGCCACACUGGACUCGAUGCGACCAGGAGACGCGUUUAAGGCCUGGAGAGACGAAUUAGAGGCCACCUCGGACCGAAUUUAUCUUGCUGGAGGUCGUGGCGGAAGCUCGUCCGGUUGGUUCGGGGGAGGUAAAUCUUCGUACACAGUAAGCGAGUCCUUACUCGAAUACACUGCUGUCGGAAAAAGCUUCGCGUACAAAGGGCCCGCGUUGUUAGCAACAGCGUGGAUUAGCGCCGUCGACUACUUCCUGGCCUUCACGUUCCUCACUGGCAGCAUAGGGAUCGCGCUCUUUUUGCGGGGUGGAGAGGUGACAGGGAAACUUGCGAUGAGAAUGAUGCUGAUGUCCAAAGGGCAGGUGGUUUUUCUGUGCGCGAUGGCACUGACACUUGGAGGUGCUUUCUGCAGCAGUGCGGGAGCUUUCAAGCGACCGACGCACCGCGAAUUUCUGAAGGCGUUGCUGGGGAGCAGUCUUAGCUUUUUUCUCUUUUCUUGGCAAGUUCACGAAAAGGCCAUCCUGCUGCCAUUGCUGCCCGUGCUCCUGCAACUGCCGCUCUUAAUAGCACAGUGCAGCGAUCACGUGCACGGCGCGCCGCACUCAUCAACGUCUAUGCCAACAUCACCUCUGAACAAGAACAGUGCGGCAAAAUUUUAUAACACCGAUCCAGCUAGUACAACGUCUAUGCAGCAUAUUUCUCUUAUUACGAAAAAUAGUAACUUGCAACUCAACAUGGUGCAUAAAAACGGCAACAAGUGUCAACGUCUUGCUGAGUUUCUGCUUGGCGAGAAGCUAGUUACUGCCAUGCAGCAAUUGAUGGAUAACGGGAGUUCAAGGCUGCUUCUUUGGAGGAACCUUGGUUUUCUAGCCGUUGCGCACGUGAGUUUACUUCCUUUAGUUAAGGCUUCCCCAAAUCCAUCUUUGGAAGCAUCUCGGGAACGUUUUCAAGGGGAGAAACGUCACAAGAUGGUCUUCGGGCUGGGCUGGGGUGAACUCUAAUUUAUCCGUCAAGGAUAAGAACGUGACUGCGCACGUGCAUCUGGGCGCAGCAUGUGUUGCACUGAUUCUCCUCUACAGCAUGGCUGACACCGAGUUUGUGGCACUCAAGCGUCGUCUGUUGAUCCAGGCAAGAGCGCGCAAAGACGUCAAUUACAACAACGUAGAAGUAGAGACCGAGCAAGGUGAGCAAGGUGGCUCCCCAUCACGGCAGACAUCAAGUCCCAAAUCGACGUCAUCAAAAAUCAUGAACGUUUGGCGUCUUCUACUACUGGGCAUGAUUUUUCCAGUGGCACUACUAGUUUCCGCGCUGCACGUCGUUGUUGCUGUUGAUACAAAUUUAUGCCCACGGCUUUUCUUGUACUUGUUUCUAAGAACACUUCUAUCUAGAUAUUUAUUGGAAAAAUAAUCUCGAUACUCUUACGUGGUGCUUCCCUCUGUCAAUGCUUCUAGAGAAGAACAUGAACAGAAACGCGACAUUUGAUUUUCAGACGUAAGGUGCUUUUCUAAAGUCAGCAGCGCAUGACCAGGGGACGAGCGCAACUUCCUCCUUAUCUACCUUGGCUCGACAACUUCUUCCUAAACGGUAUCCGCAUCUAUUCUCGUACUUGAAUGCCGCAGUCUGUGCCUCGUUUUUUCUUCUCGUCUUUGUGCAGAACGUGACGGUUCGUGGGAUGCUUGCCAGCGACAUAAUGACGCGAAGAAAUCCCUACUUUGCUAGAACUGUUGGCGGUCUAACAUCUUCGUAAAGGGAAAGACGAGACGACGGACAGUUGUGAAGCUGCCGAAAAUGAAAUUGAAAUUUCAAUGGGAUGAAAAGCACGAACCUUCUCUCUUGCUUUCCGGUUGCAGCCAGCACCUUUCUCCGUUUUUUUUUGCUCUGUCUGGCUGUGCGGAUCCUCUUAUCUUUAGCAGUCACAACUGAUCAUAAUGUAGUGCACGGAAGCAACAACGAAUAUCAUGUAUAAGCAACUUUUUGCCAAGUUCUGAGAAUCAGCAGAAAGCAUAAAAAAUCUACUGAUGGUGGUGGAGAUGAAUGACCACCAGAGACGUCGUAUGAUGAUGAUUUAAUGAUAAUGAUGAUGAUGAUUUAAUGAUGAUGAUGAUCGGAUGAUGUUGGCGGAACUUGUUUCAGAGAGCCACAGACCUCUACGACAAAGGAUCUAUCGACCUUGAGCAGUGUUGAAACUCAAAAUUCCUUCUAAGCCGGUAUUGCCAAGAGCUUGUGCGGAUGAUGUGAGAGAACAAGGAACUACGACACUCCUUUUCAUACUUGCUGCUGCUGGUUGACGUUGAGGAAGUAUCAAGAAACUCAAUGCGAGAACGUCUUGCGAUUGUGAUGAGAAGAAUGAAUUCGCCAUAAUGUUGAGAAAAGCAAAGAAAUGCACCAUAAUCAGAAGAGCGCAUGCCUCUUAAGUACUCUCUCUCACCAG